AUGGGAGACCACCUGAAGUCGGGCUUCGAGGAGGUGGACGGCGUGCGCCUGGGUUACCUGGUGAUCCGGGGCAAGCAGAUGUUCGCGCUGUCGCAGGUCUUCACGGAUCUGCUGAAGAACAUCCCUCGGACGACGGUGCACAAGCGCAUGGACCACCUCAACGUGCAGAAGCACCACUGCGACCUGCAGGAGCUGCGCAAGCUCAAAGCCAUCAACUCCAUCGCCUUCCACGCCGCCAAAUGCACCCUCAUCUCCCGCGAGGACGUCGAGGCGCUCUACACGUCGUGCAAAACCGAGAGGGUGCUCAGGACCAAGCGCAAGGGGGCCGCGGCCCUCCAAGAAGCCCCCGGGCCGGACCCUUACGCGGCCUUCUGGAAAGGAGGCGGUAAACUUUGGCUGGGUUUGAAUGGAGCCGCCGCGCCUCUGGCCAGCAGCGGCGGCGGCGGAGGCAGCAGCGGCCGCCGACGGAAAGCGUGGCGCGCGGCGGCGGCAUCGGGCGCUUUCCUACCGGCUUCGGAUCUACCUCACUUUUGGAGCAAAUCGCCUGCGCCCAGCGCGCCGGGACUGGCGCGAUCCCCUUGCAAAGGGUCGCCAAACUAUGAAACUGCGCCGCUGGCGCCGCGCUACGUCUCGCUGGCGUCGGAGGCGCCUUGCUUUCGGAGCCUGCUCUGCUCCAAGCACCCGCACUACUACUACCACUCCUCGGCCGCCAUUGCCAGCCAACCCAAGCUCGUCGCCGCCGCCGCCGCCGCAGCAGCCGCAGCAGCAGCUGCCGCCGCAGCCGCCGCCACGUCGGAGAGCGGCCCGCUGGCUCUGGGUUGCCGCUCCAAGAGGAAGAAAGCCGCCGAGGGGCGCUUCCCGCUGCUGGUGCCCCGCGCCGGCAAGCCCCCCAAAGCCGCCUCGUUGGAGAGGCUGCCGGGCUUGAACGGCUUCCUGGCGCCGGCGCCGCCCCAGCAGCCUUUCCCGGAGCCCUCCUACAGCAGCGACUCCGACUCCAGCUCCUAUUCGGACCACGCGGCCAACGACUCCGAUUUCUGCUCCAGUUUGACCAGCAGCAGCAAUUCGGGGUCUUCGGAGGACGAGGAGGGCAGCUACGCCUCGGAUUCCAGCGAGCUGAGCUCCGACGAGGAGGAAGACGAGGAGGAGGAAGAGGAGGAGGAAGAGGAGGAGGAAGAAGAGAGCAGCUCCGAAUCGGACUCCAGCUCCGGCUCCAGCCAAGCAUCCGUGCAGAGCAUCCGCUUCAGGCGCACCAGCUUCUGCAAGCCGCCCGGUCUGGCGGGGGUUCCGGCCAGUCUUUUGCCUCCAACCCCCGCCUCGGCUGGACGGGACGAGAGCCUCCCUGGACCCGCGCGGAGCAUCAAAGCCGAGGCGCCCGAGGAGGACUGGGGCAUCACCCCCGCCGGCUGGGUCCCCAAAACCGAGCCCGGUGUGGAUUGCCACUGCUUUGGGGAGCUGAGCCAGGUCCGAAGGGGCGGCGGGUGUCCCUCUCCCUCGCCCGACGUGAAGGCUCCCGACCUGAAAGCCGCCCCCUGCCUGGCCAGGGGGUGCCCUUCACCCAGCCCAAAGACGCCCCACGCUUUGCCACAGCCAAGGUUCCUUCGAGACGCGGCGAGAGGCUGGCCCACCCGCUCUCCUCCUCCUCCUCCUCCAGCUCCUGCAGAGAGUCCUACUGCUGCUCUUGGGGUGCCCCCAGAAGCCCCCCAGCCCCAUCGCCCAUUGACCCCCUGCCUGGGCUGUUCCUCCUCCCAAAGCCAGCCCGAGGUGCUUGCUGCUGCUGCUGCUGCUGCUGCUGAAUACCCCGAGCCGCUGCCCCUUGUGCCCAUUGCCCAGAUUAAAGUCGAGGACAGCAGUGCCAACGCCGAGUAUGGCGCCCUCCCCGUUCAGGGACAGAGCCAGCCCCCGCUCAAAUGUGAAGGCAGCGAUGACGAGCACAAGCUGGAGGCGGACGGCGAACCCGGGCCCUCGCCGUCUCCGCCACCCAGCCCGACCCACCAGCCUCAGGAACUUCUGCUGCCAGCCAAGGAAGACCCCGCCUGCUGCACUGACGAGCCCCCCAGCCCUCCGCUGAGCCCCCUGGGCCAGCCCGCCCCGUCGAGCCAGGCCCUCGCCUCCUGCACUUUAGGCGCCGCCGCCGCCGCCAAACCCGAGGAUGGGGAGUACAAAUUUGGAGCCCGGGUGAGAAAGAACUACCGGACUUUGGUGUUGGGCAAGCGAGCCCUGCUGCCCAGCCCGGCGCCGCUCAAACCAAAUCUGAAAUCCGUCCGGAGCCCCCGCCUGCCCGCCGGGAAGCUCCUGGACGCCCCCGAGGGCGCCCUGGACGACUUGACAGUUCUCAGCCGGCGCAAAAGGGCGGCCGGCCACGUCGCCUCGGCCGUCAAGAGGCCCUUCAGCUUCAUGGGCAACUUUCCCUGCCCGCCCUCCUUGGUGGUGGGCCUCGACGGGGAUCUGCUGCCAGCCUACACCUUAAACACCGCCAGGGAUGCGCAGCCGCCUCCCAAGGCCCAUCCUGUCUGGAAAUGGCAGCUGGGCGGCUCAGCAAUACCUCUUCCACCCAGCCACAAAUUCAGGAAAUUUCAUUCAUGA